CUGUAAAGUAAAAUUAGCAAAAAAAUGCCAUAUUUAAGUGUGUUCCCUGUAGAGGAUGUGUUAACUUAUUAAUCAAGAAAACAUGUAACUUGACUAGGGAUAUUCAGUUGUGAAUGGGCCCACAAACAGGCCCAUAGUAAACUAGAGCCUAAAGAGCUGGCCUUGCCUUGGACUAAACUGCAAUGUCAGUGAUAUUUUAUUAUUCAGUUUUGCUAUUUUACUGUCCUUCUUGGUCUAGACCUUAACCUGGGUUAACUAGCCCAAAGUCUUAUUAAAACAAAUGUCAUAGAGUAUGAACUUAUCCUGUGUAAUAAAAGAAAACUGCAAAAUUACUAAAAGUACUCUUUUGAGUGUUGAUUGCAAAUGGAAUUUUCUAGAGCUCCUUGUAUAAAAGAAACUUGGAAUGAAUGAACCUAAAAAACACCCAUAAAAAGACUGCUUCCUCUCCGAUUACUGCCAAACGACACAAACCAGUUUUGCAGCCAUUGCCAUGUUGUAUACAGGUAUCCUAGGUAGUUUGGCCAUCAUUUUAUGAACUCUGGCAUGGUGACCUCAGGCACGUCCGCGGGAAAUGGGCAACUGUGGCUGCUCUUGUAAAUGUUGCUGCUUGCUGUGCUCAGAAGAAAAAGAAAAGGAGUCCAUCAAGCGUCGCAGAGUCACAUCACUCUAUGAUUACCGCUGCCGCACCUUGAAGGACCUAAAGCUCAACAAAGGGGAUGUACUGGAAGUGAUCGAGGAAACCCAACACUGGCUGUACGUAAAGAAACGCACAGUGAAGGGUGACAAGCAGAAAGGAGUUGUUGAGGAGCAGGGCUACGUACCCAAAGACUUUGUCAAACCUGUGGAUAGUUUGGAGGCAAAGCCAUGGUAUUUCGAAAACAUCAAAAACCGCAUUGAAGCGAAGAGAUGUCUACUGAGACCAGAUAACAGUGAGGGAGCAUUCCUUGUGUGGAGAAGUACACAGAAUAACUACUUCUACUUAUCAGUAAAGAAUGGACUAUAUGUGAGGCACUACAAAAUUAGGGAGGGAGAAACUGGCAAACAGUUUUACCUUGUAAGCCAGAAAACAUUCCAGACUCUGUGUGAGUUAGUGGACUACUAUUCCAAGCAUGAGGAUGGACUCUGUACACAACUUAACAGCCCUUGUGUUAUGCUGGACCGGCCAUCCCUUCCCAGCCUGUCAUAUGAGGCAGAGUGGGAAGUGGACAGAAGCUCACUGACCAAAGUGGAGAAGCUUGGAAGUGGGGAAUUUGCAGAAGUGUGGCAUGGAGUGUGGAAUAAUAAGAUAGAUGUAGCCAUUAAAGAGUUUCGAGUCAUUAGCCCAGAGAUCCACACAGAGAUAAAGAUCAUGAAGGAGUUUCAGCAUGAGCGCCUACUGAAGCUCUAUGGAGUCUGCACUGUCAGUGAACCCUUCUGUAUUAUCACAGAGCUCAUGAAAAAUGGCAGUUUGAAAAAAUACCUCAUUAACCACAGAGAGAAGAAAGACCUUCCAUUUUCGCUCAUGAUUGACUUUGGAGUGCAGGUUACGGAAGGGAUGGCUUAUUUAGAGAGCAAGAACAUUGUCCACAGAGACCUGAGAGCUGAUAACAUCUUACUCACUGACAUGCAGUUCUGCAAGAUAGCAGAUUUUGGACUAGCUCAGUUUAAUUUACCAGGAGACCGGGAAAGUUCCUCAGCAGUAAAAGUUCCUGUAAAAUGGAUGGCACCAGAAAUAUUUCUUGGAAAGGAAUACACAAGCAAGUGUGACAUCUGGUCUUUUGGGAUCCUCUUGACUGAAAUCAUCACAUAUGGAAGUGAGCCGUAUCCAGAUCAAGACAAAAUGACUUGCAUUAAGGCAGUUCCGAGAGGAUACAGGAUGGACCGGCCACCAGAUUGCCCCCCAGCAUUGUAUGACAUUAUGUUGCUCUGCUGGAGGACCAUCCCUGAGGAAAGACCUGGGUUUGUUGAGCUUCAGGAUAGGUUAUUGGCUCUUGUUUCUGAACCCAUCUCUGAGCUGGAGUAGGCCUUUGCUAAGAUAUUUCAGAUUCUCUCUCUGAAGCCAACUGAAGCCAGCUGACCACUGCUCAGAAUCCCUAACCUGAAGAACAUCGAC